AUGCUGUUCAUGCCCCGUGCUGUACUUGUUGGUACAGACUUUCUCAAGAGCGAACUUGAUCCAUCCAAUGCUUUGGGAAUUUACAGAAUGGGUAUAGUAGAACAUCGAGGUCUCAUUUACAUUAUGGGUGGAUAUACCGACACUGACAACGCCCUGCGUGAUCUUCUCUCAUACAAUCCUGUGACUGGGGAGUGGAAGAAUCUAGCACCAAUGCUAGGUGGACCAUGUGACACGAUAUGUGUUGCAGUUUUGAAUAACUUUCUGUACGUAGUAGGUGGUACUGAGUUGGAGGAAAUGGAAAGAUAUUCUUUUGAACAGGCGGUGACAGUAGAAAUGAUGUUGAUGGACAGCAUGGGUAUAGUAAAACAUCGAGGUCUUAUUUACAUUAUUGGUGGAUAUACGGACACUUACACCUUCCUGUGUGAUCUUCUCUCAUACAAUCCUGUGACUGGGGAGUGGAAGAAUCUAGCACCAAUGCUAGGUCCACCAUGUAACACGAUAGGUGUUGCAGUUUUGAAUAACUUUCUUGGAUAUAUGGACUUUUACAACCCCAUGCAUGAUCUUCUCUCAUACAAUCCUGUAACUGGGGAGUGGAGAGCGCUAGCAGGACGUGCUCCACCUCGCUACAACUACAUGGGUGUUGCAGUUUUGAAUAACUUUUUGUAUUUAGUGGGUGGCCUUCUUUUUAAUGAAGAAGCGGAAAAAUCACUAGAAAGAUAUUCUUUUGAACAGAACAAAUGGUUUAAGUGUUCACCAAUGAAUUUUGAUCGAAGUAUCCCAGCAGUUGUUGCCACAAAUUCUCUGUUAUAUGUCAUAGGAGGUCACCGUCAAAAUUACCUUAAUAGACUG